AUGUCGGAUCAGAACUCCAAGAAACGCAAGCGCAAUGUCGUACUCCACCAAGAAUCCCAAGACUCCAUCCCCGAUACAACCAAACCGACCGCCGUCUUCAAGCCCUCCAAAGGCCGCGCCUACACCGUCAGUAUCGCUCUCCCGGGCAGCAUAAUUGCAAACGCCCAAACCCACGAACUCCAAACCAUCCUCGCCGGCACAAUCGCUCGCGCCGCCGCCGUCUUCUGCGUCGAUGAAAUCGUCGUCUACAACGACGGCCAUACCCACGCCUCACCCAACCCAUCCAAUGCCUCCAAACGCCCACGCUCCUACAACGCCCACACCGAAGACGCCAGCCCAGAGCACAAACACACCGGCUUCACCGACCCAAACCACUUCCUCGCCACGGUGCUCUCGUACCUCGAAUGCCCGGCCCACCUACGCAAAGCCCUCAUGCCGUUCCACCAGAACUUCCGCUACGCAGGCGCUCUGCCCAGCCUAGACAUGCCGCAUCACAUGAAGGCCGACGAGUGGUGUCAGUAUCGCGAGGGCGUCACACUGUCUCCUACUGCUGAUUCUUCCUCAAGCUCUGCCGAGGAACAGCACACGACUCUUAUUCAUACAGGUCUGCCUACGCCGACGCCCCUAUCCAUACACCCGCCCAUACCGCCGAAUACGCGAGUAACUCUCAAGUAUGCGUCUGCCACCCCGCCGCCUUCUUUGGCGCAUCCGCAGUCGGCCAUACCCGUCUCCCCGGCUGCACCAAGGGAAGAAGGGGGCUACUAUUGGGGAUACAGCGUGCGGUCAGCGCCAAGUUUGAGCGCAGUGUUCACGGAAGCAGAGUGGGAGGGUGGGUAUGAUGUGAGCAUAGGAACGAGUGAGAGGGGUGCGAGUGUAACCAGCAUACUUCCGACAGGUUCAGAAAACAGUAGUGUGAGCCAAGAAGGAAGAUUGCCUCCCUCAUUCAAGCAUCUCCUACUAGUGUUUGGUGGUGUAGCAGGACUGGAAGUCGCCGCUGCGUUUGACACAGAGUUAAAGUCAAGCGGUGUGACAGGCGCGAACGUCUCCUCCCUUUUCGACGCUUGGGUGAAUCUCGUACCAGGGCAGGGCAGCAGAACUAUGAGAACGGAGGAAGCCGUUUGGGUAGGGUUGACGGCGACGAGGGAGUAUGUGCUGAGUGCCGGUCGAUAG